AGGCCAGCUUGGGCCACACAGUGAGUUCAAGACCAGCCUGAACUACAUAGAGAGAUCUUGUCUUGAAAAACCAAAAAGGCCUCUUUCCCCAGGACCCGCCAACAUGUGCCACAUUAGCACCAAGACAGUGAAGAAGGCGGCCCAGGUCAUCAUUGAGAAGUACUGCAGGCGCUUGGGCAACGACUUCCACACCAACAAGCUCGUGUGCAAGGAGAUCGCCACCAUCCCCAGGAAGAAGCUCCACAAGACACCAAGCUAUGUCACACAUCUGAUGAAGCAGAUUCAGAGAGGCCCUGUGAGGGGUAUUUCUAUCAAGCCGCAGGAGGAGGAGGGAGAAAGGAGAGAUAGUUAUGUCCCUGAGGUCUCAGCCUUGGAUCAGGAAAUCACUGAAGUAGAUCCUGACACUAAGAAAAUGCUGAAACUUUUGGACUUUGGCAGCCUAAACCUGCAGGUCACGCAGUCUACUUCGGGAUGAAUUUCAAAAUGCCAUGUGGAGCUAUUUGAAUCUUUUUGCUAUGCUUUAAUUUUUUUUUUUUUUUG